CCCAGCCUGCCUGCCUGCUCCUGGGAACACAGCACUCCCAGCCUCAACACAUCAUCUACUUGGGAAGCACUCGCUGCACGUCUCCUUGCCUUGUUUCAUUUUUGUUUCUGAUAUGGCACAAAAUGCGUGAACUUCUAAAACGCAGGCCAGAAAUGCAGCCUCCUGUUGUUUCUGCUCAUGACUGCUCUCUCUUUCUCUGCUCCUUCAAGCAAAGCAAAGCUGCCGUGAGGCUGAAGGAAGAUAUGAAGAAAGUGGUAGUGCGGCCUGGAAGAGGACAGCCCCCCAUGCCUUGCAGAACAGUUUUUGGCGUGCCUCUCAAAGACUUGCAUAAAGAGGGUCUGGUAAUAAAUGGUGUGCCGGCCGUGGUGUGGAGUGUGGUAGAGUACUUGCGUAGUGAAGGUUUGACUCAGGAAGGCCUAUUCAGAAUAAAUGGAAAUGUCAGAGUGGUUGAACAGCUGCGAAUAAAGUAUGAAAGCGGGGAGCAGGUGACACUGCCAGAAGAUGGAGAUGUCCAUUCUGCUGCCAGCCUGCUUAAACUAUUCCUCCGCGAGAUGCCAGAUGGAGUCAUCAGUGCUGCAAUGCUAUCCAGGUUCAUUCAGGUCUACCAGGAAAGUGGAAGUGACGCACACAGAGAAAGCAGCUUGAAGGAGCUAAUAAAAGAAUUGCCGGACACGCAUUACAGCCUGCUGAAGUAUCUCUGCCAUUUUCUGACGCAGGUGGUUCAACACCAUACAGAGAACAAAAUGAAUGUCUACAAUUUGGCAACCGUUUUUGGACCAAGCUGUUUCCAUGUAUCUCCUGGCUUUGAAGGUAUGAAGCAACAGGAAAUCUGCAACAAAAUUGUGGCCAAGUUGUUAGAAGAUUAUUCGAAGUUCUUUGAAUGUGAGCACACAGAGAAGGAUUCCUUGUGUGAAGACUUGGCCAGAAUCAUUACUGUAAAAGAGUACAAUUCAGAUAAGCUCUAUGUCCCACCAAGGUUGAUUGAAAUUCAAGUGGCUUCUUUGUCUCCUGGAGGAAAGGAACAACCAUUAAAGACAAAUAAUGCUGAAGUGGACCCACCCAAAUCCUCUCCAAGACUUAAGGAAACUUUAACAGAUGUUCCAACUAGGCAAAGAAGUAAUCCAGAAAUUGCUGUUCCUUCUGUUUCACCAAGGAAGAAGGCAAACAUUCCUGCUACUGAAAAAAGACUACAGGAAAUUGAGGUGCCAAAACCAAAACAGUGUAUUGGUGUCCCUCAGUCCAGCAUCUUGGCGGUGAACAGAACGCCUUCUCCUGAAUUCAAAGAUCUAGUGGAUCACCUAGUUACCAGCAGCUCAGACUCCAUUCACAGUUCUCAGGAAGAUGACCGGCCCAUGUCUCCUUUCUAUAUGAGUAGUCACGUGGCCCAGGUCAGCACCGUCCCUGCUGGUAGAGAACUUUUGGAAAGAACAAUCAGGACUGCUGUAGAGCAACAUCUCUUUGACGUACUUGGCCCUGGUAGUCAAAGUUCAGAGGAAUCAGAGUCUGGAACAUCAUCCCCUUCCCCAAGCUUGUCUGCAAGACAGAGGAGGAGACAUCUGAAAGAGCAGGAUGAGAGCCGGAAAAAGCCCAGAGACAUGGAGAUGAUUAACAAAGAAAAUAUCCCUUCAGGGUGUGGGAGCCUAGAAGAUUGUGGUUUGAUGCAAGAAGUCGAGAAGCUUCAGGAGAACUGUUCAGGAUACAUAGAAGAGAGAAGCAAACCAAAGAGACAGAAAUCCAGCAGCAAGCUGUCUGAGCUCAAUGACAAUCAAGACAGCACUGGGAACACAGAAAACUUUGUGACCUCCAGGAGUGUGGACAGACAAGAGUUCAGCAGCAUGGAAGUUUUGUCAGAGGCAAGCAAAGAGAAUGAACAGGACAAGGAAAGUCUGCGGUUACCUCCGACUGUGAAAAUGAAGAUUCAGGAGCAGCAAAAUGGCUCAGAAAUCCGACCACAAAGAAGCCUCGAGGUUGAUGUUGGUCAAGAGGGCUUUGUCCCAGAGGUACCACGCUUGGACCUCACUUCUCUUUGUGAUGACAACAACUGGGAAGAACCAGCUCCAGUCCUGGCCUCAUGGGAUCGUGAUGGCACAGACGCUGAUGAAGCCCGUCUGUCCCCGCAGGCAGGCCGUCUUAUCCGUCACCUCCUUGAAGCAGACAGUGACCCUAUGUUAUCUCCUCGUUUUUACGCAUAUGGACAUAGUCAGCAAUACCUGGAUGACACAGAAGUGCCUCCAUCUCCUCCUAAUUCACAUUCAUUUAUAAGUAGGAGACGGAGCUCCUCUUUGGGCUCACAUGAGGAUGAUAGAGACGAGGACCUGACACCAGCUCAGAUCACACGCAAAAUUCAGAGCCUCAAGAAAAAGAUUCGCAAGUUUGAGGAGAAGUUUGAAGAAGACCGUAAAUACAGACCGUCCCAUCGAGACAAAGCUGCAAAUUCAGAGGUCUUGAAAUGGAUGAAUGAGCUCACCAAGUUCCGGAAGCAGCUUAAAGAGUCAAAAAUUAAGAUUUCCGAGGAAGAUCUAGUUCCUCAAAUGCGACAGAGAAGUAAUACACUUCCGAAAAGUUUUGGGUCCCAGCUUGAGCGGGAGGAAGACAGAAAAGAAGCAGAGAAAGUGGCUAAACCCUCUAUAGAAACUACAAUGGAAAACAUCCAAAAGAAGUUACAGGAGAAAAGAUCUGAGGUCAACCGUCCGGAAGAUAUUAAGGAUAUGACCAGAGAUCAGAUUGCAGCAGAGAAAGUCUCACUUCAGAAAGCUUUGCUUUACUAUGAAAGUAUCCAUGGCAGGCCAGUUACGAAGGGCGAGAGGCAAGUGAUGAAACCAUUCUAUGAUCGAUACAGACUGUUUAAGCAGAUCCUUUAUCGAGCAAACACUAUACCCGUCAUUGGAUCCCCCUCCAGCAAGAGGAGAAGCCCUUUGCUGCAGCCAAUAAUCGAGGGUGAAACUGCAUCCUUCUUCAAGGAGGAGGAAGAGGAAGGUUCAGAAGAUGAUGGCAAUGUAAACACUGACUUCGCAGUAACCAUGAAGCCAGGUUUUACUGUACGAAGCUUCUUAGACCAACUUGAAGAAGAAGCUGAUGGCUUUGUUUCCCCAGUGGACGACAAGACCCCAUCAAAGAGUACUCAAGAUCUUGGGCUCGGAAAUCUACAUUCUGCAUCUGUGUCAGAACUUAUAGAACAGCUCCAGGAAGCAAGGGAAGAAAAAAAGCGAAUCAGAAAAAAACUCAGAGACUUUGAAGACAAUUUUUUUAGGCAAAAUGGAAGAAAUGUUCAAAAAGAAGACCGCAGUCCUAUGGCAGAAGAGUACAGCGAGUAUAAGCACAUGAAGGCUAAACUUCGGCUUCUGGAAGUCUUAAUCAGCAAGCGAGGCACAUCACAGACAGUGUGAUGUAUAAAACAACCUUUAUCAAGAAAAACUCACCUGCAAAGUAGCAGAUCGCCAAAAGGAACCCAACAUCUCGAAUGUGUGUAACAAUCAAAGGCAGUGGCCAGUCUCUGAUUGCACAGGGGGUUUUCACAAAUCAACUUUCAUAUUGCUCAGCUGGAUAUAACCAGGAGAUUUGUUUUCUCUAGUUUUGGUACACUCCAACUUAAAGGUACGAAUGAAGGGUAAAACGUCAUUGGAGUCACAAUACAUGACCCAAAACACAUGAUGCGAGCUAUGGGCCCACUUUUUACCCUCAGAAUGGCACACCUGCUUUGGUCAGUGGUCUCCUGGUGGUGAACACAUGGUUCUCAAACUCACAGUGGGACCACAGACAUAAUCUUGGGUCGUCUCCUGCAUUACUUUAUAUUAUCAAUGAACUUUGUUGUGGGUAUGCGUUCCAGGUACUGAUACUGAAACCCUUAUCUAAGAGCAAGUUUUUACCUCAUUUUAACACUACUUCGUGAUUCAGUUUCAUGGUUUGUGGCAUCUGGAUGAACAACCUUGCAUUAAACAAGAUCUAUACUAGAGCAUAUCAAAAGACUUGAGUACUCUGGAAAUCAUUCAGUUGAGCAGCCUCUGCUCAACCAGCUCAUGCAAUUUGUGUUGGAGGACGGUUUUUAGUGAACAUUUUUUCUUAGCAUUCUUAUUGGCUAAUGGAUGACAUGAUUGAGUUGAUUUGUUUUGGGGGCUACAAGUGUAUAACAUCUGCCCCUUUACCUUUUUCUGCAGCAUGCACUUUCUUCUUUAUACUAUGACUGUAAUUUAUAAUGCUACCAAUAUCUCCAGUAAGACUACAUGUUCCUACCAAAUUCCUGUGAUUCUUCACUAGAAUAUUCUUGCUUUGUCUCUUUGUCCAGCUACAUUUCACUUUGUUUCCCAAACCACCAGGGCUCAUUUUCCUCAUGGAUUGUUGAAGAGUAAUAUCUGUCUCUUUCCUAGGACUCAAUAUACCAGCAUGAAAUCACUUUGUUAUAACACAUUCAACGCAGCAAUUUCUGUAACAUGUUAAUGGGCUUGAGAGACAGUCCUGCCACCCUUACUGUUAACACUGUGGACUGUAUCUACCAGCAGUGCCACUCUGUACAAGGCUUUAGCAGCUCAUGAUGUUCAUGUAAGAACAACCAACAUCUGUAUAGAGUCUGAGAAUGGUAUAUAUUGCUUGCAUUUUUAUGGAAAUCUCUUCAGGAUCUGGAGUAACCAUAAACAAAGAGUUAUAAUUUCCAACCUUCAACCUCACAUGGAACUUAAUGGAGUUACACCACUCCUGGUUACUCUUUUUCUCCACUGUUUGACAAUAAAUGAGUCCUGUUUUACUCUUAACCUACAUGUAGUCAAAAUAUCAUGAAACAUUUCAGAGGUACAUAAAUAAAUACGUAUAGUUUUGGGGGGGGGGGAAUGCAACAUCGAAUUGAAAUUUUGAAUGUGUCCGAUUUUUUUUCUUUUUCUUUUUUUUUUUUUUGUGAAUUUCACAUUCGAUGUAAAACUUUAUUUAAUCUCACACUACAAAUUAGAUUUGUAAACUUUUAGUUUUGAUUUGUGUUUUUGUGUCCUGCUAACUUAAGAUUGUCAUGAUACAGACUCGAGUUCCUUUUACAUAGCCGCUGAUUGGGAACGGACCAAUCGUCCCCCAUGGAGUUUACAUCUUGUAAAAGCUCUUUAAGCAAGUGUCAAUCAACUUGGUAUAUUGUUAAUUGGUGCUCGGUAUGGCCCCGCAUUGGGCUGUGUAAAAGGGCCCUUAGAAAAGUAUCAAGUUUAUUAUACUCGCAAUAGUGUCGCCUCCAAAAGUUCAGUGGUAAUAAUUUUAAUAUUCUAACUUUACAGGACAAUUUUAAUGUUGAGAGUCUACCAUUGAUUUAGGAAACUACCAUGCAACCACUAAAUAUUGUAUACGUUGCAAUCCGUAAUGGAGCCACCUUUAAACAAUGUACUAUUUGGCACAUUGGUUGCAGAAUUAUGGAUUCAGUGUUGUGAAAUUGGCACGUAUUUCUAGUUUGAGGACUUCAUGUUACAACAUUGUGCCAUGUUAAGCACAUUGAGAAAGUAACUCUGAGCUUAACUGGAUACAUAUUACCUACAUGAGAAUUAACAUGCAAUACAGUAUUGUCUCCAGCCUGAAAAAUAAUGUUCCGAAAUCAUGAGCCAAUUCAUUUCCAUGGUAACUGCUCCCAUAGGCUAGAGCUGGUGAAAUGGUUUAUAGGAGUCUCUACCCUGCAUGUUUCAAAAACACGGAUAACAAGAUAUAAUAUCAGGAAGGGCGUCCUCUGCGAUCCUUUAAAAAUGACCCUUCGUGUAGGAACUAUUGUCAGUUUUGUAUUUGUAGCAAAUUGAUCUCGUAGCCUCUGAAAUACCAAAUAUAUUUUAUUGCACACCAUAAAAUUUCUCAACCAAGGCAUGUAAAUACAAUUUGAUUGAUUGGGUUGGAUGGAUAGCUUUGAUUUAUUGGGCACAGCAAAAUAUUUGGGUGGUGUUUGAAAAAAAGCAAGUCUCAGGUAGAGGUUUUAUCACUGUGUGUUUUUAGCGUUUAGGGUGUGUACAAGUGUAGAUGAUAUACACGGCACAUUGCCUAGUGCCAGACAAUCUAAAAAACACUGACGUGUUUUACACAGAACUGAUCGUUCUGCUUAUGCAUCAAUUAAUAGUGUUUCUAAUAAAUUUUGCACUUAAUUUUGCUCCAUGAAACACAUUCUGAUAAAAAGAAUGAUGGAAAAGUUACCAAAAAUGACUAUUUGCAUGGUUUAAUCUCAAAAUCCCUUUGUAAGGAGUCUAAACUACUCAUAUAACUGUUUGUUUGAUUUGAUUGUAAUUUACAUUACACAUGUGUUUCUGUCUGUUUUACAGGCUUUUCCCACAAUUGACAUUUAUGACCUAUGCACAGUAUUUGUGAUAAAUGUCUGAUCGCAUGGUUUCCCAGCAAUCAUUCUGUGGAUAGGUUAAAAAAGUACUUUGCGGAAAACUCCUUUACGGUAAAAUCUGCAGAGCUGUAUUGUAAAAUUGCAAGUGUACAAACACACUGUUCAUGCUAUAGUUAUUUGUCACUGUGGAAACAACUGACCAAGCUGAAGUGUGAACUCAACCUUAGAUGUCUUCAAGUAAU